AUGUUGUCAUCUCUGUAUUUUCAGCUGACACCACGCAGCAUUUACAUUAUUGACGAUGUCGGCAAUGUCCUGGUUCCCACUACCAGUGGCUACUUUGGUGUCUCUGGAGACCUCACUGCUGGUGGACGGUAUGAGGUUUGUGGAGAAGAGACCCCAGCCUCAACGGCCACAGCAGGCCUGCAGCCAGCCCCACCCCUCUUCCGCCAUGCAGCCAGGCCUGUGGCGUCUGCUGUCCGUGCAGGACGUGCUGCACCUGCCCAUGUCAGCCGAAUUUUUUCCAGGAACAUAUCGAUCGGCACUGUCGAUGGGGGUGCUCUCAGAGCAGAUGGGGGUACCCUGUACAUACUUUUUAAUGAGCAGGAGGCCAAUUUAAGCUCAAUGGCUGACAAAGUAAAGCACAACCUGGGCACAGAGGAACAGGUGGUCCUCUGUGACGGCAUGGGCAACCAUCUGCUCGAUGGGCCGGGGACGACUGGUCUUUUGUUUUGGAAGCAGAAUGCCCGCCGCAUUAUUGCCCUGCUGGACAGCUCCUACAGGGAGCUGAUGGAGCAUAAGAGGAAGAGGAAAGGACGCAUAGACGAUGAAGACGUAAAGAACGUGGAGAAGCUGUUGCGGGCAGCAGAAGCGCUGCCAGCGGUCACACAGACGCUGAUGGAGCUCGGGGACUAUGCCCGGGCUAACAAAAUCAACACGGUGGCCCUGACUGACGCCCAGGUGACCUCCGUGAGGGCCACAUUUCAGUGCCUGGUCUGUCGAGACGUCAUGGACGAGCCGGUGGUCGCCCAAUGCUGCAGAAGCCUCAUUGGGUGCAGGGUGUGCAUUGACCGGUGGUCCGCCACCAGCACACACUGCCCCAAGUGCAGGGAUGAGGAAUUUUCCUCCAACUACUUUGCCAUCACAGGGAUGGGGGAAGUGGUUGAUGUGUUCAGGGACACCAUCGGCCACUAA